CUAAGCUCCGGGGACCCCGCGGGUGGAGAGAAUGGUUCCAGCCAGCCAGGGUCCCCUCACCCUUGAGGCAGCCCGCCUAUUGUGCGCCCGUGAUUGACAGGACCACGAGGCUGAGCGCGCUCCGGGGAUUUUUUUUUUCCUCUUUCUAUAAAUGGCUUAAACUCUCGGUCUAGACGACUUACGGGGACUUUCGGGAGACAAUUGCCAUCUUGUUCGUUGCUGGUGAAGCCUGGCUCCUGGGCUGACCCGGAAUUUAAGGAGUUCCUCCCUAAGCUGCUGGAAGAUAUAAAGCCAGACCUGGGACCGGGUGGGAACCGGGACCGUCACUCCUGCUGGCGCAGGCCUGGGCGUUGGAAAGUGCGGGCUUGGCUUUUCUGUCUUGUGUGAUGGACUGCAGUAAUGGAUGCUCGGCGCCGUGUGCCGGAGAAAGAGGCUGCGAAGUGGCUGAGACAUUUAGGGAAUCAUCGAGCACAUUUACAUUCCGGUGUUGCAUUUUCUUUCCAUCUGAAUGGUGCGCAUGCUGGAAGGAGAGAACCGAAUCCUGAAGGUUGACCUCUGACCCCGACACGGAUGUUGUGGCUUGCCCACACCUGUGCAUAUCACGUGUGUGUACAUACAAUAAUAAAUAAGCAUGUAGAAAGCCAAUGCCCAUUGGCUUUGCAGUGUUUAAGGCCAAAGACCUCAUCAUCACACCAGCCACCGUCUUAAAGGAAAAGCCUGAGCCCAGCUCGCUGGUGUUCGGAACCUCGUUUACCGACCACAUGCUGACGGUGGAGUGGUCCUCCGUGUCGGGAUGGGAGAAGCCUCACAUUAGGCCUUUUGAAAACCUGUCCAUACAUCCUGCUGCUUCGGUUCUGCACUAUUCCGUGGAGCUGUUCGAAGGCUUGAAGGCUUUCCGGGGAGUCGACAAUAAGAUCCGGCUGUUCCGACCAGACCUCAACAUGAGCAGGAUGCACCGCUCCGCCGUCAGGAGCACUCUGCCAGUGUUUGACAAGGAGGAGCUUCUAGCGUGCAUUCUGCGGCUUCUACAGAUAGACCAGGAGUGGGUCCCCUACUCCACCUCCGCCAGCCUCUACGUCCGCCCCACAUUCAUCGGAACCGAGCCAUCUCUCGGAGUCAAGAAGCCGUCCAAAGCCCUGCUCUUUGUGAUCCUGAGCCCCGUGGGACCUUAUUUUUCCAGCGGAACCUUCACACCAGUGUCGCUGUGGGCCAAUCCGAAGUACAUCAGAGCCUGGGAAGGUGGAACUGGGGACUGCAAGAUGGGCGGCAACUACGGGGCGUCCCUCCUGGCGCAGUGUGAGGCGGUGGAGAACGGCUGCCAGCAGGUCCUGUGGCUGUACGGCAAGGACAACCAGAUAACUGAAGUGGGCACGAUGAACCUUUUCCUCUACUGGAUAAAUGAAGACGGAGAAGAAGAGCUGGCGACGCCUCCGCUAGAUGGCAUCAUUCUCCCAGGAGUGACGAGGCAGAGCAUCCUGGAGCUGGCACAGCAAUGGGGUGAGUUCAAGGUGUCUGAGAGACAGCUCCCCAUGGACGACCUGAUUGCUGCCCUGGAGGGGAACAGGGUGAAGGAGAUGUUUGGCUCAGGGACAGCCUGCGUCGUCUGCCCAGUGUCAGACAUUCUGUACAAGGGCCAGAUGCUGCACAUUCCAACCAUGGAGAACGGCCCCAAGCUUGCAGGCCGCAUCUUGGGGAAGCUGGCUGACAUCCAGUAUGGAAGGGUUGAGAGCGACUGGACAGUCGAGUUGCCCUGAUGGAAAAGCUCAGGGUGUCGGUGGUGUGCCCCAGAAGACAGACUUCAGCCCGUGACCCGCGACCGACCGCCUGUUAGUGAUUUUGCCUAUUGCAGUUGCAUUGUUCACGUGUUACCAAGUUGAGGUUUCUCCUUGAGCCACAGAAAAUUGCCAAUGUCAAAUGUCACCUGUCAACAUGGUAAUUUGCUUACUGUACCUUUCCCGGAAAGAUAGUGAUGAAGAACGCCUUCCCUAACCCUAUACCAGAUCCACAUGUCUGCUCCAUAGCAGGAGAAGCAGUUCCCCAGCUGAUGAGAUGCCUGUACCCGCUGGAAGGGCCACAGGAGAUGCCCUGGGCAGUGUCCCUGUGGUCAUUGGUAUCCUCAGAGCUAUGCUCUUUGUCACUGUUGCUGGUGAGGUUUCUUUGGGGGGGGCAGAUUUGGGUUUCCUGUGUAGCCCUGGCUAGCCUGGUAUUCCCUUAAGUCUGCCCAGGCUGGUCUCAGACUCAAGGCAGUCUUGUCUCACUCAUCCUUCUGAAUGCUGGGAUGACAGAAGUGCACUGUCUACCUUGAUUUAUUUUUGUCUUUGAAUCAAACCUUUGGUCACCUGGAUUUCUUUUCUCCAUGCUCUUGUGGGUCCCCGAGUCCAUGCUAAGGUGAACCUGUCCCCUCCUGGGGUCAUGUUCUCUCCCAGUCUCGCCUAGUGCUGUCUGAGGCUCAAGCGUGUUGUCUCCCCGCCCUUCUUACACACUGAACUGGCUGCUAUGAGUCUAGGGGUCCUGUGCCUUCUAGAUCUUCAUCUUCUCGAAGCCCAGCAUAUAGUAGUAUCCAGUAUUUGUUUACUGUAGGAGUGAAAUAGAAGUGUGUCCCUCCACACUGAGACCCUUCUGGAAGACCCUCCACUCUUUUGAGACCCUGCCUGAUUCUGGCAGUCUUUCUCAUGCCAUCUUUCUUGUCAUGGACUCUACAGCACGGUCAGUUGGAAAAAUGCUCUUGUGUGUUAAGAUUAUCUUGGAAUUGAAAUGAUUGUCUCGGGAAGAAUUGAUAAAAUACCAACCACAUGAAAAUGGCAGACACUAUGCAUUAAAUGCCAAAUAAAGGGGAGCGAGGGAGAUGAACUCUGGAUUUUGAUCUUAAUCUGCACUGUGUACCCUUCUCUUGAGUGAGCAAUGAAUGAGCACCUGGCUAGGUAACAGAAUAAUUCCAGACAGUGUUUUUCUUGUCUAGGAGCUGUGAGUGAGAAGCCCUUUCCUUUCCCAGUUUAUCCAGGGAAAAGCCCUGUCUUGACAGGAAGCACUCAGCCUUGGACGGCCACCUCUCUGCCACUGUACUUUGUGCUUUGGUUCCUCGGUUGCAGUAGCUUUCAUCUUAACUGAGGAAACGUGUCUCUUCACAGUCCUGUGGGAGAGGGUUGUACAAACUCCACCCCACAGGGACAGCCCUCAAGACAGCCAUGCCCACGGCACUUCCAUUCCAUUCCAAAAGUUUUAGCUGGUUUUUUUAGACAGAGACAGUAAGAAAAUUGGAGGAUAUGAGCAGAGAUGGUAGAAUAUGUCCAAGGGCGCUCUCCUUGCUGAUUGAAAUCUUGGGUGGAGGUGUCUCCAGCUCCUCCGGAGCCCCCCUGCGAGUGGCCUCGGAUGCUUGUGUCUUCCCUAUGCCCUUUGAUCUCACGUUCAGCACAGGUCUGGGGUAGACCUUCAGGUGUAUCAGCUGUCAAGCACAGAAUGGCCAGGCUGAGGCCUAUGAGAAGGGAGAUGCCUUGACUGCCCUGAGUCUACCUAAGAUGGAUUAUUAAACUGAGAGCCACUUUGUGAUGGUUAGAAAGCACACAUGACCUCUCACCUCAAAACCUGUUAAGCUUUCCAGCAGGCUCAGUUAAGAGGGAAGGAAGGAGGGACACAUGGUUUGUGAAAACCGGAAGCCUGACCCAGAGCCCCAGCUGCCAUUCGUACUGAAGUAACAGAACAGGAAAUUGACCUUUGCAAUGACUUAUUUAUAGGCAUAAAAGAAGCAUCUUUGGUUGUUCUUUCCUUGUCCGUUACUUGUUUAAUUGCAGCAGCGUAACACGGCAUGAGGGUUGGAUUGUCACCAGGCAAUUACCCGCUCUUCAAGAUUCACUUAUCCUAACACUAAUUGAUCAUUUAAAGCACAAGACGGUGUAGCGUUAGGAACAUGUAAAGCUAAUCUGCUGCGCACAAUCAACAAAUUAAUAUUAUUGCUGAUAUUUGCAUAAUUGACUGCAAUUAUUUAAUGUGUAAUUGGGUUGAUCAAAUGAGAUUCAGCAAGUCACACGCGAGUCAGUGUAAACGGAACUAAACAGCUGGGAGCUUAAGAUGAGGAACUUAUUUUGUAUAUUUUCUCUUUUCCCUCGUUUGUCAGAUCUCCCCAGAACACUUGCGAAGGCCAGGAGUUCAAAAGGUAGAGAGAGUCUGAGCCCUGGCUGUUUGCCGAUGGAAAUGUGGUUGUCAGAGUCACUUUAUCAAGGGUCCUACUAAGGGCACAUGCGAAGCAGCCUUGGUCUGGAGCUGUCCAGCCAAGCAGGCAGGACACAUGUAAGCGACAGCCUGCGUUUGCAAAAUCACAAAGCCGUGGAGGAAGGGGCUGAAAAACGCUGUCAGGGAGCCAUACUCUUUCCUGAUGUAGGAACCAAGCUCGAGCAGGGCUGGGGACAUGGUUCGGUGGUCAGGGCACUGCUGCUCUGGUAGCCACUCUGUGGUUCAGUUCCUCGUACCCCCCCCCGCCCCCCGGCAGCUCACACUGUCUUAAUUCCAGUUCCAGAGGGUUUGAUACCUUCUGGCCUUUAGGGGUGGCUGUGUGCAUGUGGUGCACAGACAUACUCAGGCCCCCCUACACACACACACACACACACACAGAGACAUGAAAUCAUCUUAAAAGAAACAAAUCGUGUGGGGAGGCAGUGUUAGCUCUGGCACAAAACCCUUCCUGCAUUAGGCUGUUGCUUGGUAACAACACAUCUAAACAAGGUGUCUUCCCUGUGCUGAGCACUCCGGGGCUCAUGAAGACAGUUUUGAGCACAGGCUAGGCAGUAGCAUGGGGAAGACUUUGUGUCAAUUCCGUGCUUUCAGUUUGCUUUAGGAAAGUCAACUGAAGUACGAAGCUGCCCUGUGGGUUCCUUUCUUGGCCUUUCUAGCUCUGUGCUCUUCAUAGAGUCCCAUGUCCUUCCUUUAAAAUUGUGUUGUUCAGUUUAAUCCUGUGACUGAGGCAGAUAGCUUCUCGGAAGACAACAGUUGCUCAUUUCCAUUGGACUGUGCUUUCUAAACUGUUGAGAGCAACACUGCUCACAUUGUAAUGCCCAAGUUUCGACCCGAGGACCACCAGGGAGCCGGCCCAAUGCAAACACAGUAGGGUCUUUAUCCUGAAGACCACCAGGGAGCCGGUCCAAGGCAAACACAGUAGGGUUUUUAUCCUGAAGACUACCAGGGAGCCGGCCCAAUGCAAACACAGUAGGGUCUUUAUCCUGAAGACCACCAGGGAGAUCCAAGGCAAACACAGUAGGGUCUUUAUCCUGAAGACCACCAGGGAGCUGAUCCAAGGCAAACACAGCAGGUUUUUAUUACAAGCUUGAGCUCUGGCCCACACUAUUACUGACACAGCGGUUCUGGAGUGUAGAUCCCUGAGGUCAGGGAGAGAGGGUUUUUUAUUUAGGGUUUCAGCAAGGUUCUGGAAAUUCCAGCUUAGCAAUUACACGAUUGGGUGGCAUUCAGCAAGGGCAAGCUUGUUACAAAGUGAUUGGCUAAUGAACUAACAUUGAGGGAGCCAUCUGUAGACCACAGGAAUGUUAGGUCAGUGGGCUGCCCAGCCCAGAUGCCCCACCCUGAGAUAAGAUGCCUUCCCAUUUUUGGGGUUACCUCCAGGCUCUUCCUUGGGUAGUGGAUUUUAUGGUCUUGUUUAUGGAAUUGGUGACCUAUGGCAUAGUUCCUGGGACUAGUGACUUUUUUGGGGGGGGGGUGCUGUUCAGGCCUGGUCCUCUCAACAUCAAGGCCCAAGACUUUGAGAGACCCUGUGUUUCAUGCCCUGACCCAAAUAAGAUCAACGAACUGUUCCUUGUUAAGCGGGUUUCUUUUGAGUAGGCAGAUGUGACAGUGGUGCCAGUGAGCAAUUUCACGGACACAUGAUGGCAACUGUCACUGUUUUGGCACAGGUAGAAUUUGUUCGGCUUUCUGUGUUCCACGUGUCUCCACCCCUAAAGAAGCAAAGGGCUUCAGGUUUCUUUUGUGACUGGACAGAGGUCAUGAGGAUUAUUGUUUGUUUGGUACACCUGAUCGAACAUCCGAAAUGCACACCCCACACAGCCCACAAGGACAGAGCACUCACAGACAAUAAGCAGCAUAGACCUUACCUCGCGGGGUGUGGGGGCUGAUAACCGGAACGGACUUUAGACAAGUGACGUAGGCUCAGGAGAGCACAGCUCUCUGCAGUCACAUUCCCUCAUUCCUUCUAAGGAAGUCCUUGCUGGUUUUGUUUUCCUCGGCUGCUCCGGAAGUUAGACCUGAAGACUUCCCAUCCUGUGUGGAUUCCCAGGCUCGCUGUCACUCGCCAGCGAGUCUGUCAGCCGCACUUUCUUCUGAGGCAGUGUUGGGUUAUCAGCUGUAUCUAGGAUAACAUCUGAGUCUGCUCAUCUCGAUCAGCUCAAAGCACGAUGAACUUGAAAGACGCAAAGACAGAGAAACAUUUAUACUGUAUGGUUAUGUGCUGUGGAGGGAGCUGGUGAAACUCCUAGCUUAAAGAGGCAGGCCAGCCGCUUGAGAGAUUUUCACAUAGCCACUAUUUUCAGUUGGAGGUUUGUUUCCCCCAGUGCUGCAGUUGAACGGAGCCUCUGAGCUGCGUCUCCCUCUUUCCUUUCCAUUUGAUUUGCUUGCAUCAUCUCACUUGGAUGCCCAAAUGUGCACUCUAUAACCAAGGCUGGCCUUUGAUUUUUCAGUUUUCCUGCCUCAGUUUCUCAAAUAGCUGGGGUGAUAGGCACCAGGCCCAGUUUCAGUUUGAAGAUUUGAAUACAAGAAAAAAAGCCAUCUACAAUAAUAUAAAAGGGUUUUUUUCUUCUUAUUUUAAUCAUUGUUGAAAAGCUCCUUUUAAAGGCCAGGGUAGAAUCAAGGGCCUUUCAUCCUUAGUAAAGGAAAGCUGUGCAAGUUGGAAAGGUUGGUCAUGAAGCUUAGCAGAACUGUGGUAGUGUUUGUGGGUAAUAUUUCCAUGGGGUCCUACUUGCUUUAAUAAGUGACAAAAAUUUGAAAUUUAGGCCAGGUGUGGUGGGCAUGUCACAUGCUUUCAGUCCCAGCACUCAGAAGGCAGACCCAGGUGGAGCUCUGCAUUUGAGGCCAGCCUGGACUACAUAGUGAGAUCUGGGCUAGCCAGGGCUGCAUAGGAAGACCCAGUUUUUUUUGUUCUGUUUGUUUGUUUGUGGAGGGAAUAAAAAGGAAAGCAUGAAAUUCAGUCAUAGAAACCAGCACAGGCUUUAGAACUACUGAGUUUUAAGAUUCCAGGCCACUCACCUGAAGAUGCCCAUUUCAUACGGUGGUGGCGCUGAUGUCCGAGCUCUUAAACUACAGCAGUUAGCGUUCAGUUUCAACCGAAACUGUUGAUCCCAGGAGUUGGUGGAAGCCCACAGAGAUCCCAGGGGUUGGUGGAAGCCGGGGCGUGGGGAUGAGUUAAGGCCUGGUGCGCAGACAGACACAGCUGCAUGGCCUCUGCCACGUGGUAAUGAUACCCAGCAGCUGGCACUGAACAAAAACAAGAGAAAGGCAAACGGAGAUGGUGAGGAGAAUAGGGGAGUCUCCUGGGGGCACAGACUAUCUUUAUGUCGUUCCCAGGAGCCUCCUCAUUCUGCUGGGCCCUGGGACCUUCAGCCUUCAGGGUCAGUGCCAGGCACAGUUGGGGUGACCAGGGAGCCGCUCCAGUGGCCGGUCCCACCAGAGGCUGGCACUAAGUUUUGAGUCUAUCACUUAAGGGUCAUGUUGCCCUUUAGUACUAUGUCCAGUCUGGAAGAGUGCCACAGUGUGAGCUCUGUUGCAUCUGGUCCUCAGUCCUUAUACUCUCAGAUUCAGAAGCCUUAAGGCGAGGUGAUCAGUGAGAUGGGGUCUGUGGCUUUUCCUCCUUGGGAGAACGGUACACCACUGCUCCCUUUCCUAGGUGAAGAGCAACAGCUUGGAAAUCAUGUAGCUUACAACCACGAUAUGUGCCAGGCUGCUGCUCCUGCCGGCUGGACUCAUGGGUGUGGUUGGUAGUCUCAGGGGCAGGAACAAGGUAGAGACAGCUCUUCAAUCCCUAGGACCUCAGAGCUUCCUCCAGUUCUCCACAGGCUAAAAAUCAGGUCUCUCAAAGGGCAGACGAGGCAGGAGGCUUCCUAUGAUUUCGAGGCCUGCCUGAGGUACAGCCUGAGAUCCAGUAUAGCCUGGAUGACAGAUUGGUACUCGCUUUCCAACUUAAUGAAUGAGCUGCAAACACUAAGAUCGCUGGGGCGGAGGCUGCGAAUUCAGUCUUCGGACUUAGAAGCAUAGCCAGACCAUCUCAAGAUUAACCUUGCCAACAGCUGCACGCUGGCAGAUCUUUGCUGCUGUCCCGCAGGCAAUGCUCCCACAGCAUAUCUGCAGCUGCAACUACGAGAGGAGGCCUGAGCCACACAGGCACAGAGUCUGUGCCCUUUGGCUUGUUGGCUGAGAGCAGAUAAGUAAGUACGUCUUGACGUCAGAGGUUAUGCGUGAACAAUAGUGUCUUAGCCAGCCCUCCUGUAUCUGUAUUGGGGAGCCACAUAACUGCAAGGCCCAGCUUCCUCAGUCCUUGAGUAGGCCGAAGGAAAGAUGCUGCAAUGGAGGCUGGAGCUUGGGGAAGAUGGUGGGAAGGACUGCAGUGUAAAGACGGCCAUGUGGGAGGUCCCUGGGUAAAGGAAACUACCUCAUUCUUCUGAGGGUUUGUAGAAGCACAAGCACUCAGAAGUGGCUUUGCUGCUCCGCAGCUGUCUGGCGUGAGGCAGGCUGUGUGUGCGAAGGACCCACUGUGGGUGGUUGUGUUCUGCUGGCAAUAGAUAAGUUCUUCACUGUUGGCAGUUCUUCACAUCUGUGACUAUGUACACUUUUCUGUCACCAAUAAAGCAACCGAAGGGCAUA